CAAAAAUAAAUCUCAUUCCAAAUUUUUUUGCAAACCUUUUAAUUUGAUCAAGAUCAUAAAAAAACACAAGACAAGAUUUGAUUAUGGAUGGUCUAAUUCCAUAUCUUCUCCAUGCAAUGAAGAAACAAAAACCUAAAAACAAUUUUAGGUCAUUCUCAACUGGUUCAAGCCGUAGCUAUCAUUUAUUAGUCGGACCCGACUCAUCUACCGGCUCGUCUCAUCGGCGAACCAGGUCGGAAUUUGGAAUUCCAGCCACCGUGGAUUUCUUCGACCAGCGAUCCGGUUCUGAGCAUCUACGUAAUAAUAGUCAGGUGAAUUCUGCUAAGGUGGCUAGUGGAUCAAAGCUUGGUACUACAAGUAAUUAUCCUCACCAAAUGAAUACUAAUGAUGGUAAAAACAUUUAUCAUCUCAGAAGAUAAAAGAAAUGUUCAAAGAAAAGAGAGAUGGCAAGACAUAAUUAAAUUUAUUAUUUUAUAAAUAAUUGUUAUGUUACAUUUUUUUGUAAUUAGUUCUUGAUGCAAGAUUUUUUUUUUUUCGUUUUGAUAAUGAAAGUUGUAAUUGUAUAUUUUGGUUGUGAAUAUAGUAUUAGUAAG